AUGGUGCCGGUGCACCUCCCGGAGAAAAGCGCAGAGGGCUGUGAGGAGUUUGGAGCGGAUGCCUUGGAGAAAGGCUCCGUUCACAAGGAGCUGGGGGGAAAGCUGCAUUUUGCGUUGUCCGACAUAGGGAACUGGGGCCUCGUCCUCCACUUCUUCUGUGACGGCUUCGUGGGCGGAGGCUGGGUGGACCUGUGGCAUUCGGUCCUAGGUGGCUAUCUCAGCCUGCCAAGCAAUCUCAUCAAAGGCUGUGGCAACUUGGCGCUUCUUCCCGUCAGCUUUUCCGCAGUCCUUGGGAUGCUCUCCGACUCAAGGCCGAUCUUCGGCUUCCGGCGCCGUCCUUACAUGGCAGGCGGCUGGUUCUUGAGCGCUCUCAGCACGCUCUAUCUUGUAUACCGUGGCUUGCCUGCCCCAUACUUCUGCUUCGAGAACGGCCACUACCUGUACCAGAUGCCUCCUUGCAACCCCGAGGCAGCAGAUCGUUUCGUUCCCUUGGUCCUCUGCAUCUCCUGCUCGUGUGUGGGAGCGGUGAUGGCAAAUGCUGCGGCAAAUGGAUUACUCGUGGAGUAUGCAAAGCAGGAGGAGGUGGAGAGAAGGGGCCGGACGCAGAUAGUGCUGCAAAUGGUCAGACUCGGCGGCCACCUCACCUCCGUGCUUUUAUCUGCUUUUGGGUUCAAUGGCAGAAUGUUUAACGGCAGCUUUGAGCAGGCCAGGCAGCUCAACUUCCAGCAGCUGAUGGGCAUCUACCUGACGUGUGUGGCGGUGACAUCUGUGUGUUGCUUGUUCCUCGUCCGGGAAAACAAGGCUGUGAGAUCCUCCUUCAGGGAACAGAUGUCCUCGGUCUGGAACCUGACGCAGAGUAAGGCCUUCUUGUUCGUGGGGAUUUUCGUCUUCCUUCGGACAUCCAUCGGUCACAUGAGCUCAACUGCCGAAGUAUGGGUCAUGAUGGAGUGGGCCGAAGUGAGAGGCAUUCAGAUUCAGAUGAGCAAUGCCCUUUCGCUUUUGAUCUCCCUUGCGACCAGUUACCUGAUGCGGAGAUACUUGCUGAAUGUGAGCUGGAGGAAGAUCAUCUUCAUCACAAGCUCCGUCUCCACUGCCGCGGACAGCAUCCCUUCGCUGCUGACGGUCUUUGACCUCGUGCGCAAUCCCUACUUCUACCUCGGGGAGCCGAUCUCCCGUGCAGUUCCGACGGCCAUGAAUAAUCUCAUCAACGUCUUGAUGGCGAACGAAUUGGCAGACGACGACAACGGAGCCAUGGUAGCUGGCAUGCUUCAGUCGGUCACUUUCGUUGGGAUCCCUUUCGGCAUGGUUGUGUCGAACCAGCUGUUCUCCUCCUUCACGCCAGCUCUGACGCUUCGGGAGAACUUUAUCGAAGAUGCCGUCUCCUUUCGGUGGACAGUGGCCUAUUCCUACCUCGUCGCGUACACCUUCAGCUUUGCAUCUCUCGCCGUGCUCCCCCUGGCGCCGGCCCAGAAGAAGCAGGCGCAAGCAAGAAAGCAGGAAUGGCCGCGCCGGCCAUCCUUUGCAAUCAUGCUGGCAACCGUGCUGGGAUUCUCCUUCCUGUACUCGUUGUCAGCCGAUAUUCUGCUGUUCGACUCCAAGCGAAGAUGCAUGCAUUUCCUUGGUGGCCCAGGCUCGGAGCUUUACCACUUCACUCGCCGCGCAGACGGUCAGGCACCGGAGCACCGCGCACCUUUGGAGCCCAAGGAUUGGGCCCUGCGCCGGGUGCGCGCCGAGACGGCGUUGGCUGCAAUUCGUCAGCUGGGGCCUUCGGCGUUGGGAAGGCCGCUCCCCACGCUGGCCUCCAGAGGUACCUUUGCAGGCGCUCGGCAUCUCUGGGAUGCGGCGUGGCGGAGCGAGCGGGAGGCGCGCUGGGCGGAGAGGGAGAGGAUGAAGCAGCGAGAGCACGAGCAGGCUAAGAUGGGCAAGCGCUGGCGAUGGGUGAACGGCCGCUGGCAGACUAAGGAGGAGUCCGAGGCCCAGGAUGCGAAGAUCGAGCUCGUCUACCAAGAGCCGCUGUGGCGAAGGGGUUGA